GCGAUCACAACUCAGUCUGUCGCGCAGACUUCUUAACAAUUCAACAUGGCGAAGAUCAAGAAGAGAGGCACGACUGGCGCCGCCAAAAACUACAUCACUCGUUCACAAGCCGUGCGCAAACUGCAGAUUUCUCUCCCAGACUUUCGCAGAAUAUGUAUCUUCAAAGGAAUCUACCCACGUGAGCCGCGAUCGAAAAAGCGGGCCUCCAAAUCCUCUACGCCGAGCACCACUUUCUACUACACCAAAGAUAUCCAAUACCUUCUCCAUGAGCCCCUCCUCAACAAAUUCCGUGACCAAAAGGCACUCGCCAAAAAGAUCGCAAAAGCUCUUGGCAGGAAUGAGGUCAGCGAUGCCGCAAGAUUAGAGCGCAAUUUGACACCGCGCAUGAAACUGGACCACAUCAUUAAAGAAAGAUACCCUACCUUCGUUGAUGCGCUACGAGAUCUUGAUGAUGCACUUUCCAUGCUCUUCUUGUUUGCGAACCUUCCGAGCACGGAGAACGUUCCGCCGAAGAUCAUCGCGAAGUGCCAACGCUUGACCAUGGAGUUCGAGCAUUAUCUGAUCCGCACGCACAGCUUGCGCAAGUCUUUCCUGUCAAUCAAGGGAAUCUACUACUCAGCGACUAUCCAAGGACAAGAAAUUUUAUGGCUGGUGCCAUACAAAUUCGUGCAACGUGCAGCUGGUGAUGUCGACUAUCGCAUCAUGGCCACCUUCAUUGAGUUCUACACCACUUUAUUGGGAUUCGUCAAUUACAGACUGUACACCGGCAUUGGACUCGUUUACCCGCCCAAAUUUGAUUCAAGACGCGAGGAGGAUGGCGCUGAACUUGGAGCAUUCCAACUCGAAGGUGUCAAUGGAGCUGAGGAGGAGGAGCAGAACGAGCAGCUUCAUGAUGCGGAAGUCAACGAGAAGGCUCAAGCAGUCGCAGACAAGCUGGCCUCGCUCCCAGCAGAAGCUACGAGCAAAAGUUCAACAGGACAAAACGACAAUGAGACUUCCCAAAGCACAGAGCAUGCCGAGUCUAAUACCACUGCUCUGGACCAAUUUGCCUCCAUCGAUCCCACUGCCGACAGUCUACCUCAGCCAUCACGAACCGCCGAUGCUGCCACUGCAGCACAGCUUUUUGAAUCCUUCACCUUCUUCUUGUCGCGUGAGACUCCCCGUCAUCCGCUCGAGUUUAUACUCAAAGCAUUCGGCUGCAAGCGAGUAGGCUGGGACAGUCUGCUCGGCGAGGCUGGCUCAUACUGCUCUGAAAGCGACCAGCGUAUCACCCACCAGAUUGUAGACAGGCCAGAUCUGCCUUUGCCAUCACCCCCAGCGACCGAUGGCGAGGACGGUUACCUUGAUGACGGCGUUGACGAUAGUGCGGCAGUGAGGCGAUCAAAUGAGCGGAUACCUGGCAGGAUUUAUAUCCAGCCGCAGUGGGUGUGGGACUCGAUAAACGCUGGACAACUGCAGCGAACUGACCUUUACGCGGCUGGGGCAACACUGCCACCUCAUUUAAGUCCUUGGGUUAAGCCAAAGAAGGGAGAGUAUGAUCCAACGAAACCUUUGGCCGAGCAAGAGACCGCUGCAGAGGCCGAGGAUGAACAAUUCUCGAACGAUGAAGAUGAAGACGAGGAAGAAGACGAGGAGGACGAUAUUGAGACAGACGGUGCAGUCAACGGUACACACAGCCUUGCAGACGAGCUUGAAGAUGAUGAAGACGACGAAGACGGAGGAAUGGAUGUUCAAUUAGCUGACUCGGAUGAGGACUCGGAUGAGGAAGGUGCGCCUGCUGCAGGGGAUGAUUGGGAUGGGCUCUCCGGUGAUGAACAGGACUCGGAUGAUGACACUGUCGCUGCACGCAAACAUCAAGCAGAACUUGAGGCCGAAGCCCGAGGCCUUGCUCCAAAGAUCACAAAACCCGCUGACGCGAAGAAGGCAGCCAAGCAGGCCAUCCAGGCCAAACGCACACGUGCUGAACGCGAGGCCGCCGAAGACAUCGAGCGACGUAAGAUGAUGACGUCUCGACGAAAGCGCAAGAUGUACGAAAAAAUGUCUUACUCCAAUGCAAAGAAGGAUGAUGAAGCUGAAAAGCUGCGAGCAAAGCGGAGAAAGCUGGAGAAAGAGAAGGCGAAGAAGUGAAAAACGGACAACGAAUGCAUCUGAUAUUUGCGAUCUGGCGUUUGGGAGGCUACAUCCGGGCGAGCGGGCGUUACGAGCGGACACGAUAGAGAAUCUCAUGUUUCAUUUAAAUGUAUCAUGCCGAAGACUCCAUUUAUGUGCGAGUGUCGUUGGCUUGCUUCAUCAACUUGCUCAAAAUCACGUAAUCGGGCGAUAUCAGCUUGCCACGGAUCUUGCGCGCCCGAGGCGAAGAACCGUCGACAUCGAAGCCGAGUCUGUGAUAGAACUGAACUGCAGAAGUAUUCGCGACAAAGCAGGUCAACAUGACCUUCUCGAUGGCCGGCCCGAGCUGCUCCGCAACCUUCUCUACGAUGCUGAAGAGAUGUUGUCCGAGGCCUUUACCUCUCGCACUUUCAGUGAGGUGGAUCUCAUAGACAUAAAUAACUGCAAACCCAUCUUCAUGUGUAACCAUGAAGCUCAGAAAUCCUUGG